AUGUGUGGGAUUGUUGCUGUAGUCUCGGUCGACGGGUCCUCGUUAGAUACUCAGCUUGAUAGGCUCGAGGGACGGCUAGAUGAGGCGCUGGAGAAGAUAGAACAUCGAGGUCCGGACGGGAGAGGUAUCUGGGUCGACGACGCUAGGAAUAUCGCCCUCGCCCAUUGCCGACUCUCCAUCAACGACCUCUCGGAGACGGGUCACCAGCCCCUCCACUCCCCCGACCGGACCGUCCACGCCGUAGUCAACGGCGAGCUCUACGACUAUGACAACAUCCGUCUCUCCCUCGAGGCCCUCGGCUACACCUUCAAGGGUCACUCCGACUCGGAACUCGUACUCGCCCUGUAUAGGCAGUAUGGCUUGUCGUUCCUCUCGCACAUGCGCGGCGAGUACGCCGUGGUGUUGUACGACAGCGGGACGCGGACGUUCAUCGCCGCGAGGGACCGAUAUGGGAUCAAGCCGCUCUUCUACAAGGUGGGGAAGGACGGGGUGGUCAUGUUUGCGGCGGAGAUGAAGGCGUUGUUGCCCUUAGGCUGGGAGCCGGAGUGGGAUGUUGGGGCGAUCAUCGAUGGAGGCUGGGGACAGGAUAUACGGACCGUGUUCAAAGGGGUACAUAAGGUCAGGCCCGGCCACUAUAUGGUCGUCCGGGAUGGAAUCGUCGAGACUCGCCAGUACUGGGACGCCGAAUACCCCGACAAGCGUGUCAAGGAGACCCGCUCGGAAGAAGAGAUGAUCAAGACCACCCGCGACCUCCUCGUCGACUCGGUCCGACAGCGUCUCCGCGCCGACGUACCGGUCGGUAUCUACCUUUCAGGCGGUAUCGACAGCUCCGCUAUUGCCGGUAUCGCCGCCCACCUCGUCGAGACCCAAGGCGUCACCAUGGGUUGUCAAGAUCCGUCCGAGCGCGUCUGCUGCUUCUCCAUCGCGUUCGACGCGGAUAGCGGGUUCGACGAGUCGGAAAUCUCGGAGCGGACGGCCAAGCACCUCGGCGUCAAAUUCCUCAAACAGCACAUGUCGGAGAAGGACCUUGCGGAGGACUUUGAGGAGGCGGUGUACCACAUCGAACACCAUAACCAGGAUCUAAACUUUGUUGGAAAGUUCGCCCUGUCCAAGGUGCCCAGGCAACAUGGGUACAAGGUGGUCCUCACUGGAGAAGGGGCGGAUGAGCACUUCGGAGGGUAUCCGCUGUACCUCCCGGACUUUUUGGCGGAGAUGGACCAUGCCGGUGGUGUCAUGUCGGAGGAAGAUAGGGCGCGGCUAUUUGCGGAGAAAGUGGCGGAGGCGAGAAAGACGUACGAGAUGAUCGGAGCGGACCCCACGUACUUCGACAAGAAAUCGGAUCGGCAUCUUCCCAUCCUCACCCCAUCAGCUCUCCUCGCCUUCACUCCGCCUCAGCCCAUCUUCAACGCCGCAGCCCACAAGGCCUUCGGACCCGUCGAUGCCUUGACGACCAUCGCCAACAACAUCGACGUCCGCGCGCGCGCCAAGAUCGAGACGAGCUGGCACCCCCUCCAUUCGGGCAUGUACGUCUGGGGCAAGGGUCACCUGUCGAACCAGUUCCUCUCGUGCCUCGGCGACAGGGUCGAGAUGGCCCACUCCGUCGAGGCCCGGACGCCAUUCCUCGAUCACCCACUCACGGAAUACAUCAACUCGCUUCCCCCAAGCAUCAAAAUCCGGUAUACGCCCGAAGCGGGCUUUACGGAGAAAUACGCCCUGCGCGAGGCGGUCAAGCCUUUCGUGACGGAUGAGGUGUACAAGCGGCGCAAGCAUGCGUAUGCAGCGCCCACGACGUACCCCCUCAACGGCCCUAUCCAGUCUCUGCUGGAGAAACUGAUCAGUCAGGAGAGGGUGGAGAAGCUCGGCUUUAUCGACUGGGAGGAGGUGAAGAGGUUGAAGGGGCUGGCAUUUGUGGAGAAGGAUCAGGAUGUCUGGGCGUGGAGGGUCAUUCUCAUUGUGGCGGAGUGGACUGUAUUGGCGGAGAGGUUUGGCGUGAAAACAUGGGGCGCAUAG